UAGCUUGACUUAGCUGGAAGCGUGGACAGAGUGGAGGAGGAAGAAGAGGAGGAGGAGGAGGAGGAGUCUGUCCCAGCUCUGCAUCUGGCCCGCUCCCCUCUGUCACCCCGGGCCAAACCCGCCCAGCUCCACUCACUCACUCACUCACUGACUCUCUCUCUCUAUCGCCGCCUGUUUUCCCGCACUGUUCGGCCCGGACACACUCACUCAUUCACUCACUCACACAUCAACACACACACACACUCCCUCACACUCUCUCUCACACAGCGAGGACACGGAAUGGAGACGGAAGGGAGCCAGAGCAGCCUGUCCCUGUCCACCGCGGACUCCCCUCACGACCCCUGCAAAAUGUUCAUAGGUGGACUGAGCUGGCAAACAACACAAGAGGGUCUGAAGGAGUACUUCUGCAAGUACGGCGAGGUGAAGGAGUGUAUGGUGAUGAGGGAUCCGGUUACUAAGCGCUCGAGAGGAUUCGGAUUCGUCACCUUUGUCGAUCAGGCUGGUGUGGAUAAAGUUUUGGCCCAGACCAGGCACGAGCUGGACUCCAAAACAAUCGAUCCGAAGGUUGCAUUCCCUCGCAGAGCUCAGCCCAAGUUGGUGACUCGAACCAAGAAGAUCUUUGUAGGCGGCCUGUCAGUGAACACAACCAUCGAGGAUGUCAAGCAGUACUUUGACCAGUUUGGGAAGGUUGACGACGCCAUGCUCAUGUUUGACAAGACCACCAACAGACACAGAGGGUUCGGCUUCGUGACGUUUGAGAACGAGGACGUUGUGGAGAAAGUCUGCGAGAUCCACUUCCACGAGAUCAACAACAAAAUGGUGGAGUGUAAGAAAGCUCAGCCCAAGGAGGUGAUGUCCCCCACAGGCUCAGCCAGGGGGCGCUCUCGGGUGAUGCCCUAUGGGAUGGACGCCUUCAUGCUGGGCAUCGGUAUGCUGGGUUAUCCUGGCUUCCAGACGGCCACGUACACCAGCCGGAGCUACGCCGGCAUCACUCCUGGAUACACCUACCAGUUCCCCGAGUUCCACUUAGAGAGGACUCCCCUUCUGACUUCACCCCACCCCCCUGAGCUCACAGCCAUUCCUCUCACAGCAUAUGGACCAAUGGCAGCUGCGGCGGCAGCAGCAGCAGUAGUCAGAGGUUCUACCCCAUCUCGCUCAGCUGGAUUUUUGGGCACGAGCAGCCCGGGCCCGAUGGCAGACCUGUACGGAACCGCAGGUCAGGAGUCGGCUGUCAGCAGUUACCUCAGCGCUGCAAGCCCCGCCCCCAGCACUGGAUUCAGCCAUAGUUUGGGGGGCCCUUUGAUCGCCACAGCCUUCACUAACGGAUAUCACUGAGAGACAUCGCUGUAGACCCGAGAGCUGGGAGGAGCUGAAGCUGCUCUGGAGCUGAACCUGGGCCGUCUCUGUCCAGUCCACCUCUGCAGCUCCACGAGUGUCAGCGCGAACGCAGCCGACCCAACCGACGCCUCACUAAACUCCGAGGAGCGAAGACGUUUUAUCACUGUAUGUAAUAGCAACACACGCCGAUGCUGAAGCUUAAGUGUUUUGUUUUGUUUUUCCUGCUGUUAUGUCAUUUCCCCUGUUUUUCUUCUUUCUUUUUUUUUUGUCUGCGUUUCUUGAUCUGUCCUGGCUGUAUUUUAUUGGGGUUAUUUGAAACUUGUGUCUCUCUGAGAUGAGCGGAGUAAAUUCUCCGCGUGGAGCCUGUUUGAAGGUGAAGAGCUGUUCAUUUGUACUGGAAGAAAAACAAACAAACUGUAUAUUUGUCUAGUUGUCUAUACUAGUUCAUACUGAAUUCUAACAAAACAUUUGUGAUUAAUACUAUUUCUUGAGAAUGUGUCACAAAGUGUAUAUCUUGGUAGGUUUUUAACAAAAAAGACUUGUUAUACUAAUAAUAAUGUUCAGACAAAGUUAGUCACAGCGCCAUGAAAUGCCUACAUGGGCUGUAUAAUUUUGUAAAAUAUUGUAAAUAUGACUGGUUUUG